AUGCACAUGCAUGCCACCAGUCGCAAGGGCAUUCUAGAGAUAGUGCGCAAGCAUUCAGGUGCGCUGGUGCGACCAGCGGCGUCGAGGGACGGGGCGGGCGCAGAGGCGGUGCAGACAGCGCUGAUGAUGGACCGGCAGUUCUGGCGGGAGAUGGCAGACCUCUUCUUUGUGCUGCACCCUUCUAUUCAUAUGCUCUCCCUCCUCCCUGCCCCUUUUCCGCAUGGAAACACCAGUCGCAAGGAUAUUUUGGAGAUAGUACGGAAGCAUUCUGGCGCUCUGGUGCGGCCGGCAGCGUCUCGGGACGGGGCGGGUGCGGAGGCGGCGCAGACGGCGCUGAUGAUGGACCGGCAGUACUGGCGGGAGAUGGCAGACCUCUUCUUUGUGCGCGGCGUACAGCUGCGGGGGGAUGCUACCCAAGAUGGUUCUUUCCGGGAUGUUGUUUUCUUCGUGAGAGAUGAGAUGGCACCGAUGAUGGACCGGCAGUACUGGCGCGAGAUGGCAGACCUCUUCUUUGUGCGCGGCGUGCAGCUGCGGGGGGAUGCUACCCAAGAUGGUUCUUUCCAGGAUGUUGUUUUCUUCGUGAGAGAUGAGACGGCGCUGAUGAUGGACCGGCAGUACUGGCGGGAGAUGGCAGACCUCUUCUUUGUGCGCGGCGUACAGCUGCGGGGGGAUGCUACCCAAGAUGGUUCUUUCCGGGAUGUUGUUUUCUUCGUGAGAGAUGAGUCACCUGUAGCAACACCCCGUCAGGCAGGUGGUGUGGCCGAGGGCGCAGGGGACAUGGCAGGCCGGGGAGAGGGCAUGGAGGCAGUGGAGAGACGGCGGCCUUACUUCGCCAGACGCAGGCAGAGCAGCCUGGGGGAGAUCCUGGGCGGCAGUAUGGAGAGCAUAGACUGGCGGCGCACCUUCUAUCUGAACCUCAUCUGCCACACCGACUACUCGCUCACCAUCGCCGUCUGCAGUCGCACGGCCCUGGAGAACCAGAAGCGGUCAGGACGAGCCGUGCCGCCCAUAAUGAAGGUGACAAGGCGAGCAUACGCCUCCCCCAGUAGAGCCCUCAUCGACACCAGCCUUCCCCUGCCCCCAUCCACGUCACAGGACCCAGAGGUGACAGAGGCGUAUCCCAACAUCUGCUUCGCCAUUGACUCCUCAGACCGUGCCUUCGAGUCCGUGGUGCUCAAGGGCAGCGACCACUGCUUCUGUGUGCUGCUGAGCGCGCACAGGGGGGCGGCCUUCCCCGCCCAGGAUACUGUUGAGAAGACCCUCGCGGACGGGCAGCGCCGCGUGCUGCAGCGCGGCACUAGCAGCGAGGCUAAAGUGCUGGGAGAGGCUUCGGGGGACGGGCCCAAGAUCACGCUCUUCUCUGGCUUUGUGAGCUACCCCAUGCUCAAAACCUCCUUCCAAGGUCUCUUCUCCAUGUUUGGAUCCGCGUCCCCCUCCCCUAUGAAACCAGCCGGGCUGGUUCUCCGUGGCCCGGGAGGCAAAGGAGCCGCCAACCUCGCAGUCUGCCCCCUCCCCCUCCCCCCACUCCCCCCCAAGCCUCCUCUUUCGCCCCGCCCUCCCCUCGCCCCCAAGCCCCCUCUCUCCCCCCGCCACCCCUCUCGGACACACACCCCUCCCCAGCCAUCACCCACCAGCCCGUUACACCCAAACCGCCCCCAACUGCCCAAUAGCCCUCCAAAAUCCAACCACUCGCCAUCAGCAAAUAGCCCAUCCGCAUCCGGCCAUCCGGUGCAAUCCGGCCGUCCGUCCAGCGCUCCGGUGCAAUCCGGCCGUCCAUCGGGGCCGUUGCAUCGGCGCAUGCCGUCGCUGCAGGAGCUGCAGAGCAAGCUAUGGGCAGUGCAAGCAGAGCUCAUGGACCUCCUGGAGUUAGAGGCUCAAUCCGCUGCCAACACUGUCGCCGCCGCCGCCACCGCCGCCGCCGCUGCUGCUGCUGCUGCUGCUGCUGCUGCCACUGCUUCUGCUGGCAGUGGUGGUGGUGGUGGUGUGGCCAAAGCGGCAAGUACGGAUGGUGCUCGUAUCACUGCUGCUGCGGCCACUGUCGCUGCUUGUGGAGAUGCACGCACCUUCCAGCAGCAAAUCCCCUCCUCCCUUUCCCCGGCCAAGCCCGCAAAGGAGGAGGCACGGAGGCUGCGGUUGCUGGAGCUACAGGGGGAGCUGCGGCUGGUGCAGGAGCAGCUGCAGAUGCUGCAGUCUCAGAGCAAGGGCAAGCGCCCGCACCCCUCUGAUCACCACCACCGCCAGCGGCCCCCUCCGUCCCGAUCCAUGCAGGCCUCUCGGGGCAAAGCCAGAGGGCCUGGUGCUGGCAGUACUGGGGUUGUUGGUGGUCCUGAUAGCAUUGGUGCAAGAGGGAUUGGCAGCAACGGUGGGGACAGAGGAGGGUGUGGGGAAGGAGAGGAAAGGGGGCUUGAGGGCAGUGAGAGCAGUGGCGGGUCGUCGAGGCUGUUGCAGCGGCCAGUAGUGGCUUCCCCGCCAGUAGCGCGUGCCCCUCGAAGAGCCAUGGUGCACCAGGAUGGAGACAGCCCCACUGCCAGACACCCACAUGGCCACUCUGCUUCAGGUGGAAACUCAGGAGAAUCACCUGAAGGAUCGCCUGCUGCACGUGGCUCAGGUGGUAGCAACAGAGCAGGGAGCAGCAGGGCAGGUGGCAGCAGUCGUUCCCUUGGACCUGCUGGUGCUGGUGGUGGUAGUGCGGGUGGUCUUGCUGCAUCGUUGCUGCAAGGAGGGAUCGGUAGACCAGCAGGAGUGGUGAGAGAAGAGCCUCUGCGGUGCUGCCUGGCGUCUCUCUCCCUGCCCUGGGAGUCACUCGCCUUUGACCUCCUCUUCAAGGAAAUGCCACUCAAGGUGGACAUUGGUGGUCGGAUUUUCCCCCCUCCUCGGAAUCCUCCCAGCGCAGAAGACUUUUGA